AUGGAGGUUGCAUCGCUGGACGAUGAGGGGGCAAGCGUUGCAGUCCAUUACAAGGCACUUCCCAAGGACAGCAAGCUAUACCUGGAAAAGGUGCUCCAGGACUGGCUGGCAUGGCACCGACGCUCCUACCCAGUUGAGGUUGCCUUGACAACCAGCAUUCCUGUGGUGUCCGGGGCGCUUGAGUUCACACCAUCCGUGUUACCCAGUGAGAUUGUCGCCGGCCCCUUGGCAUGGGUUGACAAGCCGAGCCGCAGCACAUCCCCCCAGCAUCCCAAGCGAGGCUUCAACCUCUCCUAUGAGAUGGUCGGAGAUGUGCCCAAGUACGACUGCAGCUCGGAGCGGCCGCUGGACGCUCAGGACGCGGAGAGGAGAGCAGCCGAGCGCAUUGAUAGCAGCGGCCCGACAAAAUACGUGGCUGCCGCGCCCCGGCGCUCCCGGCCGCGUUGCUUCAAUUGCGGCUCAUACUACCACGCCCUCAGAGAUUGCCUGCUGAGCAAGGAUGCAGACGCCAUCAGCAGGGCUCGCAGCGAGCACCAGGGAAACAGAGGCACCUCUGUUAGCGGAAGGUACUUUCUGGAGGCGAGUGCUGCGGGCGCUGAAUUCAGCGACCUGCAGCCGGGAGUGUUGUCCGAGGAGCUGCGGGCAGCCAUGGGACUGAAGCCGGAGGACCCCCCGCCCUGGCUCUUUCGCAUGCGCCAGAUGGGGUACCCCCCAGGCUACAGGAGGUGGAGCAAUGAGGAGUCUGAUGACGAGGUCGUCAUCAUAGGGGACGAUGGGACUGAGCAGGAUGCCCUCCCUAUUGCAUCUGUGAGUCACAAUGGCGACAGCAGCACCAGCGAGACGGAGGAGCUUGUGGCCUUCCCUGGGCUGAAUGCACCCAUACCGGCAACCGCCAACCCUGCAGUCUGGUUUGGACAGCCAGCUGAGCCGCUAGUGAAUGGAAUGAUACCUGAGGAGAGGGGCUUCAAGCGAAGCCGCUCUGGCGGCAGCGGGGGUGGCGAGUCGGUAGAGCACGCCGCGAAACGGGCGCGCUUCUGGGAGGCCAAUCCCCUGGGCAUGCAGUACGCAGCCAGCACACCGCUGCAGCAAGUGUCAUAUACAGCAUAUGGCCUGCCCUCUUACGCCCCCUACACACCAAUGUACCCCCACCCACCUGCUGCGAACCACCCUUACACGCAGCAGCCGCCGGCUCAGUCAAGCCAGCAGUGGGCGCCCGCAAAUCCGCAGCCGUUGCAAUCGCAGCCGCCUCUGCAUGGAGUGUAUUCUCUCACUGCGCCUCCUCCAAUGCACCCCACAUUCGCCCCGCUGCCGGCCGCCCCGCAGGCAACGCCCCAGAACGGCGCGCCGGCCCAAGGAAGCUUCCAGCAGCUGCCGGGCGGCUUCCAGGGCGGCUUCCCGGCGGCUGCUCCCGGCGCCUACCUUGGCGGUCCCGCACAGACGGCAUAUGCAUACGCAUAUUCUGCUGCGCCCACACAGCCAUACCCAUACCAGCACCAGUACAACACCCCUGUGCCUCAGCAGCAGCUGCAGCAGCCGCAGCAGCAGCAGGGAUAUGACAACUUGCAAUGGGCAGUGCACAGCAUGCAGUUUCAGUCACUCGUAGAAAAGCCGCCGCCGCCCCCUCCGGGAUGA